UUUACUUUGCUGGCUGACUAACAGGCUUGAGGAGCUGGGUCUUAUUCACUGGAUAAUAACUCUUAAACAUCAGGAAGUCGAGAUUUUCCAUCUACGUCUCUUCAUUACACAGGGUGAAUCCUAAUCUGGAAGAAGAGGACAUCAAGAACAAUCUGAACGUCCUAGUGACUGGCUGGUCUGAUAACUUUCUUCUGAAAAAACAAAGCUCCAUCUUGCCAAGUGUUCGGACUCCAGCAGGCCUUCAACCAGCCUCAGUAUGGCAGGAGCCAACCCACUGAUUCCAGUGCAAAACACACUCCACAGUCUGCAGUCUGCUCCAUAUAUGCACUGCCUGGUUCAGCAGCGUCAACAAAUGCAUCAGCACGCUCCUCAGCAUGCCUUCGCUCCCAUGCUGCACCAGUCCUCCACCAUCCCACCAAACCUACCGACUAUAAUGGAAGCUCAGGACAGUAAAUCAUAUUUCCACCUUCCCCAAGGAACAACAAGGCUGUCUUUUACCCCAGUCACUGCCUUUCACAGAGCAACACAGAAGCCCUUCAGGACAAAGCGAGGGAGAUGGGGUGCUCUGCAUGUGUGCAUUGCAUGGAAGAUUUAUUACCACAAACAACUCGAGAAAAUGCAGCAAAAACCGAACAGUCACCAUCAAGAACCGACACCUGAGUAUCCGUCUGCCGUCAGUCUGCCAGACUCAGUACAACACCAGCAAUCAGAGCAGCCCUCCUGCAUGCAUCCAAAUCAAGACUCUCCGUGUGGACGGCCUGCACAUACAAACACCGGUGAAAGGAGUGAAACAGGAAAAACCUCUGACCUUUCCCCAUCUUCACCAGCGUCUUGCCACAGCCAUACGACCAAGAGGGAGAAACUGGAACAACCUCCGAACCUGCACUGGAGAGAGAGACUUGAUGAGGAGGAGAAACACAGGGACCACCACACUGACACCACACAGGGUUCGCCUCUCAGAGACAAAUCUUGGGAUGGAGCAGUGACUCCUGAACAUGACGGCAGACAUGGCGGCUCACUUGACAGGAAAAGGCAGCUUGAGUGUGACAGCUUCAUUAAAGUGAAGAGGGUGAAGCAGGAGAUUGUAGACGACCAGUUUGACCCUUCUAAGGCUUUGCACACUGAUCCAUCUCCAUUCAGUACAACUCAUACACGUCCGUCUUCAAGCACCAUACCAGUGCCACAUAUAAACAUAGGUCAUUUUUCUGUCUUGUAUCCUAACAGCAGUAGAUGUUAUGUUACCGGCACUCCUGGGGGACUUAUCUCUUAUCCAGAAGCUGAAAUGUAUCCCUACCCAACUGCUUCAUGGGAGCCAACGUGGGUCAUACACAAAAGAAAGGAUCUCCACUCUAGACAAAAUGACUAUUCACUGAAUACCUGCAAAGGGAUCAGGAUACCUCUUGUAGGACAGAGGCAAAAAGAAGCUUUUCCCGAUUUCUUUAUGCCACCUCUUUAUCAUCCUCUUUCUUCAAGGAAGCAGGAGACUGCUUACCUUACAGGGAGGGAGUUUCUACACUCAUGUCACGAAAACUGUCAUCUCCACCACUGCAGACAGCAACUCCCUCAUCCUGGCUUUCUGGCAACAUCCUACCUGGGACAAUGAGUCCCCUGAGUCGGUCUGACAAAGAAGUAGAGCAUCUAUUCCUAUAACAACAACAACAACAACAACAAUCACUCAUUUACAGUAUGCCUGCUCAGUUCAUUGGUCAUUCUGUUCUGUGCAUUAAUUCAGUGGGUCUCUGCAUUGUCCUAGAUAUAAAAAAACAGUGAAAGUGAGAAGCUUUUGAUUAAUGUCUCAAGUAUUAUUAACAAGGACAGCUUUAAUUAGGGAAUAAAGAUUCUUAAUAAAGCAUGGUGGUCUUGAAUUGAUUAUGAGAACAAUACAGUCAUUCUUACACUGUAAUCACUCCUUUGAUUAAAUAUAUUGAGAUACAUAUGCUUGCACAUUUUUUAGGUUAAGCUCAAAAAUGAUCAUGGACAAGCCUACAUAGAUUCAGUGGGAUAUUAAUUGGUCCAGUGGCAUCAAUGUUCAUGUUUACGGGGAAAGAAAACAUUUUAAAAAAUGUUACCAAGCUAAAUUCAGAGUCUACAGCCGUGCUAGUGGCUCUGUGAGGCUGCACUUUGGCACAAUGAUGCUUUGAGCUAAAUGUUAACAUCAACAUCCUAACAUUCUCACGAUGACAAUGCUAACAUGCUGACCUUUGGCAGGUUUAAGGUUUAUCAUGUUCAGAAUUUUAGUUUAGUGUGUUUGCUUGUUUACUUUUGCUUACUAGCAUUAAAUGCAAAAUACACCAGGUUUUGUAGGUAUGGAAUUUUUUGACUUGGUGAUGUCGCUAGAUGAAAAGGAAAUCCACCCUAUAGUUGAUGAGAUCUUUCAGUCUGGACCAAAGUGGUGGACGAACCA